UGAGUCGGACGGGAAACCUUGGAGUGCGCUGUUCGCUUCUUGUCUGCUUCAAAUGACUGGUUUCUAGCACAAGGGCUACACGCUAGCGUUACAAAACGUACUUGGUCGGUUGCAAGAGACGCUGGCGCAGUGAAGGGGCACGAAAAAGUUGGAAAAGAGGCACGGGCAGACUAGCGUUUCGUGUCUUAUCUCUUGAACUCGUUAUUAUUGCAGUGAGAGACAUGGGUCGAUCGGGAGGGUAUCCACCCCAUCGUAAACUUUCUCUGGAAGAGAAAAUCGAAAUCAUCAAGGAAUUCGAGAGGACUAAAACUCGGUCAAAUCUUGCAAAAUUAUUCUACUGCCAUGUUGGACAAAUCAAUCGAACACUUCAACAUAAAAUCGAAAUUGUCUCGGAAUUUAGGAGGAUCCAAGCAGUAGGGAAAAUCCGGAAGAAAAGGUCGGCGUGCAAGGUUUUACAAGCAGUGGGAACGAUCCUGAACGAGUUCGUACAACGGUGCCGAUAUUACCCGAUUCAACUUAACGAUGAGUUCCUGUUGAUAAAGGCUAAAGAAAUAGCAUCCAUCAUGAACCUUUCCAGCUUCAAAGGUCACAACUACUGGCUGAAAACGUUCAAACGCCGAUUCAAGUUAAAUGACGUUAACUGGGAUACGUGGGGUCUCCCUUAUGAUGGAUUUUCGAAGUUGGAAUCGGUUGAUCUGGAAACUAUUAUAGAAGAUCUCCGAGCGCAAAAAGGAGAAUCUGUCAUUCCCUUACCAACGAAAAUGGAUGAAAUGGAAUAUGAAAAAACAGUCAAGGAGAUGAUUUCGAACAGCGUCCCGUAUCCUGGAUAUUUAGCCCAAGGCUGCACUGAAUACAACAACAAUGAAGAGAUGACUGGAAACACCAACUACUCGGAUGAUGAUUACGCCAUGUCUAACUACGACGGCAACUCAAAUGAAUUUGAUCCUACUGACUUCUUAACAGUUGGGGAUGAAGAAGAAGACAAUAGCUAUUCAGAUGAUCCAAUGACUAUCGACUCUUACCAAACUGCCCUCAGCUACUUCCGACCACUAGCGGAAUUCAUCUUAAGUAAGAGCAAAGAACAGACAAUUCACAUGGGCAACCAACUGGGCAACGCUCUUGUUAAAGCAGCGGAAACUGAAGAAGAGGACGAGAUGUCAAGGAAUCAAUUGAGUCGUCCACUUAUUGUUAACGAAGUUCAGAUUGAGAAAUUUGAUGAUGCUGUCCAAUAUCUUCAACCAUUGGAAGAAUUCGUUCUUAGCAAGGAAAAUAUGAGAGCUGUUGGCCUUAUCAACCAGCUGGAAAUUCUUCUCAAGGACGAAUCACUGACGAAAUAAUUCAUUUUAAUUAGUAAUUUUGCAAUACUUAAAUACAAGUGAUAUUUUAUACCCUUAGAAUAAGAUACUAUGCAUAAAAUAUAAAAUAGAUUCCCACAUAAAAAA